AUGGCUGAUGGCAAGGCGGAAGAAGCACCGAAUAAUGACGAAUUGGUGCAACAGGAGUCCGCUGAUGGAAACGAGCCACAAGCACAUGAGGAUGGAGCUGUAAUUUCGGUUCAGAAUGGUCCUUUCCAAAAUUAUAGGCUGAUUGAGAAUCUCCCUACAGAAUUAGAAUUUGUUCAGUUUGAAGCGCUUGAUGAGAAUAUCUAUCUGGGGACUUCAACCGGUGACCUUUUGCAUUAUUUCGAAAUUGAACCGCGGAACUAUAUGCUAGUCUCUCAGACUCAAUUUGAUUCAGAAACCUCGAACCCAAUUGAUAAAAUCUUACUACUUCCAAAGAUUGAGAGAGCUUUGGUACUGUGUGGAGGCAAGCUGGUAAUUUUUCUUUUGCCUGAGUUUGCACCAGUUCCCAAUACUUUGCAAUUGAAAGCAGUUACAGAUAUAGCGCUUCGAAGCCACUCUGAGACUUCAAACUCUUACAAAUUCUACGCUACUUCAGGAGAUUCAAUCAAGCUUUAUAGAGUUACAACUAAAGCACUAACUUUGUCUAAGAAUUACGACUUUGACUCGGUGAGUAAGGUAGUUGCCCAAGGUCAUCAUUUAGCGGUCGCAAAGCAAAACACUUACGAAAUAUUGAACCUCAAGACAUCUGGGGUUACGCCGCUGUUUAGAGUAAGUGAACUGAAUGCUCCAUUACGACCAAUUAUUGCAAACUUCAACACUGAUAAAUUUCUAGUAGCCACUGGAGGAGAAUCAUAUUCGGACAGUUCGAUGGCUCUCGUAGUCAAUCAUCAUGGUGAUAUGGUCAAUGGCACUAUCGUGCUCGAAAAUUAUCCCAUAGAGGUACUUGUUGAGUACCCAUACCUAAUUGUCAAUUAUGGACGAAUUCGAGUAUUAAUCUAUAAACUUAACGAACAAUCCACAGUAGCUCAGGAAAUAAAAGCUAAUGGGCCAUCACUACGAAUAGCGAAAACAUCUAAAGUAUUUUCUGGAUUCAGGAGACCUGAUGUCAGGGAGAAAGUCGUAGAGAAGAUUAGAAGGGUUCCUCUCAAUCAGGAAGAAAACGAGCUCAAGAUUGAUAACGAACGUGUUUCAGUAGAACAAAUAUUCGAAGAAGAAUCGUCAGUAGCCGUUUAUGGGAAUUUCGGCAUACACCUGUUGAUAAAGAACUCACCUAUUCUAGAUUUUACACAAUAUGAUGAACCAGGCCUUAACAGCAUAAUUGAAUAUUUGAAGGAAAGUCCCAAGAAUGAGCUGCCGAAACUUACACAAUUGGAGAAUGAUUACUUGUUAACACUAAAGCUUUUAUUGCUUUUAUUACACUGUAACGAGAUCGACAAAGCGGUAUUGAGCGAAUGGUGUACUGCCUCUGAAGUUGUUGAUAUCCGACUCCUGUUGUACAUCCUCGGUUUUGAAAUUUUUGGCAAUAUAUGGAUCUUCAAGGGAUUGGUGGAGUUGAUAGAGAAACUUAAGUUAUUGAAGCUUAUCCAUAAAUGUACUGACGUCAAAAAACUAUUUCACUUUAUUAGCACGGAAGCCAUGUCCAAAAAGUCGAAGACCUCACAGGCAGAAUUAGAGAAUAUUAUCAAAUCGAUUGACGUCAAUAUUUUUAAGCUUGAGAUAGGGAAAGAUCAAAAUGAGAUGAACAUCGAUUUUUACUCAAAAUGCAGUCUGGAAGAAAUAGCGCAUCUCAUUGAAGGUCGAAAUGAUAUCAGUCUCGAUCUUUUGCUUAAAAUCAAUCUGCGGAGAGGGAAGCUGAUGGAUUGUAUCGAGCUUCUGAAAAGUAGAAAUGAGGUAGAUAAGCUACUUGGGUUUAUUGAAAAAAAUGCUACGAUGCUCUUGCCGUCAUACAAAGAUUUUUUGAUGGAUGACGUUCUUUUUAUCAUCAAUUCAUCAAAUCAAGUUGAUAGAAAUUUGAUAUCCCACAUUCUUCACAUUUUAUUUUUGAUGGAUGCGGAUCAUCGUGAGCUAUUGAACCGAGUCAGUGAUAACGCUAAGGUGAAAGUGCUUUUGAUUGAAGAACUAGGUCCGGCAGAUGCUCAAGACAAAAAGUUUCUUAUUGAAUAUUAUAUGGCGAAAAUUCAGGAAUGCUUACAAGAAGAGAAUAUGUGGGAAUUACUCCAGAAUUCUGCAGCCACUUACAGACAGGAUAUGUCAUAUAUAAAGUGCAGCUUCAAAGAAUUCAUGAUGAUCAAGCUAAGAAGCGAACAAAGGUGCCAAAAACUGCUCAAAUGUUACAAAACAUUGGAGGCAAUCAACGGAUUGGAAGAUGGUGAUCCACUGACAUCCUCAAUGAUUAAUAUGGUCAAAGACUUUGAUAAAGAUAAUCUUUUGAUGCUUCUAUUUUUGCCCGAAGGCAAGUGUGCCAACCAAUUUUUGACUGAAAAAGAACUGCUUCACUUAUAUCUGGCAUAUAAUGAUUUCCUCAGCAUUGAGUAUUACCUAACCAGUGAAAAUAUCUCACAAGUGCUGGCACAUUACACUUCCUUCAGUAAAAUACAACACUCGUUAGAUUUAGCGACAAAGCUGCUUCAACGAAAUGUCAAUUUGAUCAAAAAUGAAGAAACCGUACGAUCAGUGCUGAAGAUCCUGCCUCCCGACUACACUCUUAACACUUUAUUCGACAUCCUGCUUUGUAUACUAAAGAGGCUCGACCGUGAUACGAAGGAUUUGGAGCUUCGGAAAGCAUUACUGAAAGAUGAGAUGUCAAUCAAUCAUAGACUUUUGAAGAAUUUCGUCAUUAAGAAAGAAAACAAAUAA